AGCCGAGGGCGCAGCGGGGAAGUGGGGAGCUGGGGGGCCGGAAAGGCGCCAGGAUACGGGCAGAGAGGAAGCCAGGGAGGGCUGGUCCAAGAUGGGCACAGGAGCCCCAAGCAGGAGGGCUGAGCGCUGGACAAGAGGAAAGGAGACCUGGGAUGGGAGGAAGAGGGGAGACCGAGAGAAGGGGGUGGGGGGGGCGGGUGCACAGGUGAGGGGUGCAUGUGGAGCCAACAGAGGGCGCCCCCACCCCGUGCCGCGCCCGCAGACCUCCCUGCUGCUGCUGCUGCUGCUGCUCAGCCCUGGCCUCCGAGGGACCCCCGACUGUUCCUUCAGCCACAGCCCCAUCUCCUCCACCUUCAAGGUCACCAUCCGAAAGCUGUCUGAUUACCUGCUUCAGGAUUACCCAGUCACCGUCGCCUCUAACCUACAGGACGACGAGCUCUGCGGAGCCUUGUGGCGCCUGGUCCUGGCCCAGCGCUGGAUGGGACGCCUCAAGGCUGUGGCAGGGUCCCAGAUGCAAAGCCUGCUGGAGGCUGUCAACACCGAGAUACACUUUGUCACCUUGUGUGCUUUCCAGCCCCUCCCCAGCUGUCUUCGAUUCGUCCAGACCAACAUCUCCCGCCUCCUGCAGGACACCUCCGAGCAGCUGGCGGCCUUGAAGCCCUGGAUCACCUGCAGGAAUUUCUCUGGGUGCCUGGAGCUGCAGUGCCAGCCGGAGGCCUCCACCCCGCUGCCCCCAAGGAGCCCCAGGGCCCUGGAGGCCACAGCCCUGCCGGCCCCUCAGGCGCCUCUGCUGCUCCUCUUGCUGCUGCUGCCCGUGGCUCUCGCGCUGAUGUCCGCUGCCUGGUGCCUGCGCUGGCGAAGGAGGAGGCGGAGGGCAGCCUGCCCUGGGGAGCAGAGGAUGGCAUUGAGGCCCAGAGCAAGGAGUCACCUGCCAGAGGACACAGAACUAGGAGUCGAAGAAAGUCAGCUAGAGACUGGUUCCUUCCUCGACCACGCUGCCCCGCUCCCUCUCUCCCCAGGAUGGAGGCAACGCCAGCCCCCAACGUCAGCCCCAGACCCGCCUAUCCCACUCUGUACAAAGUCCUUGUCCCCAGGAAAUUGUAUAUAAAUCAUCCUUUUCUACCA